AUGCAACUGCUGCAAUCAAUCAGCUUCUUCGUGGCCUGCGCCGCGGGGACUAGUGCAUAUCCAGGUCAAACAUCAGUUAUCCCAGAAUGGCGCAUGCAAUCAUCAGCACUGGCUCAAGGUAAUUUAUCACAGCUCUCACUUCCAGGAACCGAUAUAUCAUCAUGGUAUAAAGUUAGUUCUCGAAGCACAGUCAUGGCAGGACUCAUUGAGAAUGGGGUUUAUAACGACAGUGACCUUUUCUAUUCGAACAAUAUGAACUUACUGGCAGGGGACCCAAAGUUUAAAGUGCCAUGGUUAUACCGAUUCGAGUUCACAGCGAAUGUAGAUGGUGGAAACCACUUCACCCUGAAAACGCAUGGCAUUACGUCCAAAGCAGACAUCUACGUGAAUGGCGAGAUAGUGGUAGCAAGUGAUAAGCAGCAAGGCUCUUACGGUGGUCACAAGUAUCCUCUGACGAAAUACCUCAAUAAAGAAGCCACCGCAAUCAAUUGUAUCCUCAUCCGGGCUCAUCCAACGGAGUAUCGUCGUGAUUUCGCUAUAGGGUUUGCUGACUGGAACCCCUAUCCGGCAGAUAAUGGCAUGGGUAUGUGGCGCGAUGUCGAGAUCGCUCAGACUGGUGCUGUGACUAUGUCUCCUAUUAGAGUUGUUACUAAUGUCGUACCUCAUCUGAGUUUCAACCCUUAUCUGAAUGACUCAGUGAAGGUGACACUAAAAACUGUGCUCGUUAACCAUGAGAAACGGACUAUUCAGGCGAGUAUUAGUGGUACUAUACUUGAUCCUGCGGGCUCUGAAUCUACUGUGUUUAGCGGUAAUUUUGAGCUGAAUUCUCACGAGACGAGGACAGUCUCAGUGGAAGUAGAUAUUAAGAAACCAGAAAUAUGGUGGCCAGUCAGCUGGGGAAAACAACCACUAUACAAAGCACAUGCGAAAGUACUUUUUGAUGGACUUGUUAUGUCAGACCAAUAUACGCAGCGGUUUGGAAUUCGACACGUCUCAUCAGGUAUGAAUGAGCACAAUGACACCGCAUUUUGGGUAAAUGGUCACCCAUUCCAGGUGCGGGGAGCUGGAUACUCGCCAGAUAUCUUCCUGCGGUUUGAUGAGAAUCGGCUGAGGAAUAUCUUUUACUAUAUGCGCGACAUGGGACUCAACACAGUGCGACUAGAGGGCAAACAAGAGCAUCCUGAGCUGUACGCAAUUGCCGAUGAGAUGGGUAUAAUGGUUCUGACUGGAUGGGAGUGCUGCGAUAAGUGGGAGGGCUGGGAGUAUAAUCACGAUGCCGACGCUGUCAAGUGGAAUGGGUCCGACUACAGCGUCGCUCGGGCUGCAAUGCUUCAUGAAGCAGAGAUGAUGCAGCCCCAUCCGUCUAUCCUUGGAUUUCUGGUCGGUUCGGAUUAUUGGCCUAAUGACCAAGUGACAAAAGUCUAUCUAGACGCCAUUAAGGAGAUGGAAUUCCAUGUACCUAUCAUUGCAUCUGCCAGUAUGCGUGGCCCUUCCAAGUUAGGUCCAUCAGGUUUAGGUCCUUCAGGGAUGAAGAUGGUAGGACCGUAUGACUGGGUCCCUCCCAACUACUGGUAUGGCGAGAGCGAAGGGGCUGCUUUCGGGUUUGGCUCAGAGCUAGGCGCUGGGGUAGGCACGCCUGAACUGUACAGUCUGAAGAAGUUCAUGUCGGAUGGAGACUUGGACAGUCUAUGGAAGGAACCCACUGUCGGGCAGUACCAUAUGUCCAGCAAUACAUCGUCUUUCCACAACCGAACAAUAUACAAUGAGGCGUUAUUUGCCCGAUAUGGAGAGCCCACAAGUAUCGAAGACUAUGUGAUAAAGUGCCAAAUGGCCGAUUAUGAGGCGACUCGUGCACAGUUUGAAGCAUACUCCAUUCGCCAGAACGCAGCUCGACCUGCAACUGGCACGAUCUACUGGAUGUUAAAUAGUGCCUGGCCAAAUCUGCAUUGGCAACUAUUUGACAAGUACCUCAGCCCGAUGGGAUCGUAUUUUGGCACCAAGGUCGGUGCAAGGAUGGAACACGUGGCGUUUGACCCUGAGACAGAGAGUGUCUGGUCGAUAAAUCACUCGCUUGAAAAGGGAGGAAAUAGAGAGAUAUUGAUUGAUUUGAUCGAUACCACAGGCAAGAAGAUAUCCAGCGAAAAGGUGGCGGUGGAAACAACUCCCAAAUUUUCCAAAAAAGUUCAUACUUUAACUGGCAUGGGAAAGAUCAACGAUGUCGCAUUCCUCCGGCUUGUGCUUCGUGACGCUACAGGUGAAAACGUUAUGAGCCGGAAUGUGUACUGGCUAUCUCCUAAGCCUGAUGAACUUGACUGGGAAAGGACAAAUUGGUACUACACGCCAGUCUCUCAAUUCGCCAACUUUCAAAAGUUAAACUCUCUCACAGAGGCUGAAGUCAAACAAAGCAUAGCUUGGCAUAUGACGACCACAAGUGGCCAUACGGGUCUCCAAAUCCUGCUGGAGAAUAAAUCCAAAUUCCCAGCUGUAUUCCUCCACUUGUAUCUCACGAGUAAGGAUGGGGUAGAAGCUGUUCCCGUCUUCUGGUCUGAUAAUUAUGUGACUCUUUGGCCAAUGGAAAAACUCACUAUAAUGGCUCAAUUCAAAGGUGAUAUGUCGUCCACCAAAUUAGGAAUAUCGGGGUAUAAUUUGAAGCCGCAGAUUUGA